UAGCCGAGCUGAUUAGCCCGCUACGACAAGCUAAUAUUUGUUGGGUAUUUAUUAAUGUUCGCUGACUUUGAGUGGAUGAUACAUAGAGUAUAGCAACAUGGCGGACGUCGAGGGACAAGGAAGAUGUUCAUCGGUCCCUCCGUUGCCUCACCCUUCUUCUCGCAACGACUCCGGUUGCGGUAACGUUACACCGGGCACCGGAGCCAGCUGCCAGACGACAACUACCGUUACUUCAGGCCCGCGGCUGGUCCGGAUAGUGAAGUCUGACUCGGGCUAUGGGUUCAAUGUCCGGGGACAAGUCAGUGAAGGCGGACAACUGCGAAGCAUUAACGGGGAGCUGUACCCUCCGCUGCAGCAUGUCAGCGCGGUCCUACCGGGAGGCGCCGCCGACAGAGCCAGUAUUUCCAAGGGGGACAGGAUUCUCGAGGUUAAUGGUGUGAAUGUAGAGGGAGCGACCCACAAGCAGGUGGUGGACCUGAUCCGGGCUGGAGAGAGGGAGCUGGUGCUGGCCGUGCUGUCCGUCCCACCCCAGGAGACCGACUGCUUGGAUCCCGGAGAUGACAUUUCAGCCCAGUCCUGCUGUGACUACUCCGAAAAGCAGGCCGUCCCCAUUUCUGUGCCGAGCUACAAACACACUGAGCUCAACCAGGAGAAGUUUGUGGUAUAUAAUGUGUACAUGGCAGGAAGGCAGCUGUGCUCCAAGCGUUACCGUGAGUUUGUGAUCCUACACCAAAACCUCAAGAGGGAGUUUGCCAACUUUACGUUCCCCAAGCUGCCUGGGAAAUGGCCCUUUUCCCUGUCAGAGCAGCAGCUGGACGCACGGCGCAGAGGCCUUGAAGAAUACCUGGAGAAAGUGUGCUCUGUAAGAGUAAUUGGAGAAAGUGACAUCAUGCAGGAGUUCCUGUCUGAAUCCGAUGAGAACUUUAAUGGCGUGUCAGACGUGGAGUUGAGAAUAGCCAUGCCCGACAAAACCACGCUCACCGUCGGAGUUUGUAAAAACUCUACCACAGAUCAGGUCUACCAGGCUGUGGUAAUGAAGCUGGGAAUGGACAGUGUCACAGCCAGCUAUUUUGCUCUAUUUGAGGUCAUCAACCACACCUUUGUGCGUAAGCUUGCCCCCAACGAGUUCCCCCACAAACUGUAUGUACAAAACUAUACCUCAGCCAUCCCAGGAACCUGCCUCACUCUGCGCAAGUGGCUCUUCACUACAGAAGAGGAGAUUCUGCUCAAUGACAACCAGCUUGCUAUCAACUACUUCUUCCACCAGGCUGUAGAUGAUGUGAAGAAAGGCCUCAUCAAAGCGGAGCAGAAGUCCUACCAGCUGCAAAAGCUGGCUGAGCAGAAGAAGCUGUCCAUGUAUCUGAGUCUGUUGAGGGACUGCGAGGGCUACAAUGAGAUCAUAUUCCCACACUGUGCCUGCGACUCUCCCCGUAAAAAGGCUACCAGCAGCACCCAUCAUGAGUGUACUAAAGCCUCCAUGUUGUUCCAGAACCAGGUAAUUGCAUUCGAAUGGGGGGAGAUGCAGAGGUGGGACACGGAUGAAGAGGGCAUGGCCUUCUGCUUUGAAUAUGCACGAGGAGAGAAGAAACCACGCUGGGUCAAGAUAUUUACACCCUAUUUUAACUACAUGCAUGAGUGCUUCGAGAGAGUCUUCUGUGAGCUGAAGUGGAGGAAAGAGGUGGAAGAGGAGGCUACAGACAAGGACAAUAAGAACUGCAGUAAAGAUGAAUAUUUUCCAGUUGCUGAGGCACAGAAAGGAUGGAGGCACCUAGGAAGGGAGAUCGUUACCUCUUAAGCUGACACCGACCCAGCUCAGUUCAGCCCUCAUCGAGCCCCAGGCCCGGCAACACUCCGCUAUUAACUACAUGGUCAUCAUUUCCACUCCAUCAGCUACAACCUCAGAAGCUACCCCCCCCCCGAUACAUGCAAAACCAACUAGCACCUGCAAAUGAACAAAUCGAGAAAUCAGAAGCAAAAAAAAAGCAACAGACACAUGAACCAGAACUCUUGAAUCCAGCGGACUAUAAUCAUGCAUUAAAGCAGAGCUCUGUCAAAAGAAAUGAGGUCUCUCUUGACUCAAAGUCAGGGAUUCAUGCAAUCCUUCUUCUUAUUGGUUGUGACUUGAAGUGGAAUGUGACUUUUUGACCCUCUUCUGAAGGAGUCCUCCUGGGAAGAGAAGCUGAAUAAGGAAAUAUUGUUGGAUUUACAAGGGAAAGUGAAGCUGUGAGUGCUCGCAAACGGGAACACAGAUAAUACUGAUCAGAGAUGCUGAGGCUGACCACAGGAAGACACUUGGUUUUCUCCAUUUACGGAUGACAGCAGCAGUUCUUCUUUGUUUCUUUGGCCAGUUGUUAGCGCGCAAGUGUGUUUGUGUGUGUUAUGCGUCCACAAUGAGAAACUGUGAGGCCCUCAGAAUGUAAGUCACAGCUGAAUUACACCCAUUUUCAUCGGUUUAAAAGAUAACUAUUAACAUUGUAAUGUGGCAAAAGAGAGACGGGAGAGAGAAAGUGGACAUUUAUUUAUAUAUUUCUUUCAUUCAGAGUCACAGCUGUGAUUAUUUGACACAUGAGCUGGAACAACGUUAAACUUUAGACUAAUGUUGCACUUUAUCAAACAGUAUUAACAACCUCCAAAUGUGGGAAAUGUCACCUAAGAAGCAGAUAGUGAGCAUAUAACUGUUACUAGCCUGUGCUUAGCUUACAUUGAUUUUUUUCUGACUACAGUAUGAUUAUAUACGCUGCCCCAUCAAAUGGCACAUGCAAUGUACAGCGUCACGCAUUCACCUUGUAUGUAUUCAUAGUAUCCCGUGAACACUCCAUGCUCAUGUUUUGAAGCCAUCGUAGUGCGGCAGUGAUGAUGUGGAGCACUGAUCAGUGAAGUGCAUCAUGGGUAUCGUGUAUUACCCAUAAGAGACAACAGGGGUCCUCCUCCUGCCGGCUCUCCUACAGGCCCUGAUUGCUUUGUUUCUGAGAGCCCCCUCAGGAUUUAUCAUCGGCCUGUAAUCCAGGAGACCGUUCUACUUGCUAUUCAUCUCUGUAGCCGGUACUGCGCAGUACUGUUGAACCACUUUGGCUCUCUGGAGUCGGCUUAAGUGGAACGAGGAUUUCUUUGCAGAAGAUGGGUCAGCGUCCACACUUUAUCAACAUGAAGAUAACUGUGCACGUAAAGGCUUUUAGCAACUGAUCCCAGAACUGUGGCGUUUGAUGAACACCGUCAUUCAAGGUCCCUCGAAAUGAACUCAUGUUGUCAUUCCUGGAAUAAUGUAUUAUACAUCAUGUUAUAAGGUAUAACAUAAUUAUCUGAUGACGCAAUCGUGACAAAAUAAAAAAAAUGCAAUUAGAGGCUAUAACAUCAUUAGAAUAUGAUUACAUGCUGCCAUUUAAUAAGAAGCAUUGCACGGCGUAAUAUUUUACUGGUACUUCCAUAUUCUUUAUUAUCUUCCAUUUAGAAGGACAUUUUAAUCGUUAAUAUUUUAUCCAAAAGAUACCAUACGUUCAGUUGCUUUGAGCUUUUACAAAAUGAGCCCUCCGAUAAAAUAAGAACAUUCCAAAAUAAAUAUACUGUAUGUCAUAAUAAGGCUUAUUUAUGCAAAUUCACGAGUAAGAUAAUCAGACUGAUGCUCAAAGCAAAGAGCUGUGUGGCGCUUUCAUGUUUUACAUGAGAGGAAGCUUCAUGUGUGCAAAACAAAACUCACCAACUCAUGUUCUUACUUCUUAAUCUAAGUCAUGUGAUCGGUGUAUGAUGCCAGUGAAUGUUUGUAAAUGCCAAUAUUCAAAUUCCCCUAUCCCGAAGUUCUGCUCGGCUCGUUUUGAGAAUAUCAACAAGUACAAGCAAGUAGAGUCUUAGAUUGGAGAUCAGCGGCGCUUAAGAGUGCCAGCUUUAAUGAUGGUGCGUUCACAAAAGCCCUGUUGUGUGAUUAAUGAGCCUAAACAGGUCUUGGUGGGUGUGUAAAGGAGGUUUAAUGUAAUGUGUUGAGUCUUGAAUUGAGAGAAGUGCAAUCCUAAAGGCCGAAUGCAUUUCCCAGGAUCCGUGUCGGUUUUCCUGGGCCGUGUUUCACGUGGUCGAUUGUCUGAUCUCACCGUCAAGUGUGCGCACACAACUCUCUCUUUCUCUCUCUCUCAUGCUGACUAAAGUGACGUGUCACUCGUUUUAUUUAUUUCAGUAAGAUACUAUAUGUUAAAUUCUGCAUCUGUUAAGUUUUUCACCCGAUAUCGUUUGGCUGUCCAUAAGUCACGCUGGAUCGACAACCUGCAGACUCUGUGACUUGUUGAAAUGUAAAAUUUAAGACAAAGUGUUUGGUUACGUCGCUUACUGUAAUAAAUUGUAACAUAUUCUUUUAAAUAAACCAAUUUAUUGAUGCAAAGUUA